AUGGUCAGCAAGCAUUUUGUGAGAGUAAUAAUAUAAGUUAAAAUAAAAGAUUGUUCAUAUCGCUGUGCUAAUUGUACUUAACUUGAUACCAGCCAAUGCACAAGUUGUCCAGAAUUUUCGUUUAGAGAACUAGGAGCGAAUAGUUCUUGUUCAUGUCCAUCUAAUUUAAUUGA